AACGUGAGCCCAACUCCACUAAAAGGUCAAAGUCUUCCUUAUGUGACUCAAAUCCCAAUACAAGUCAUAGUUAUCAAUGUCCCCGGCAGAUCAGGCGAAACUUGCAUGUAAUUUUCGUUGAUCCCAAAAUCACCCAAGGAAUGGCGGAUCACCACCACCAUCACCACCGUCCCAACCGCCUCUCGCUUCCUCCACGCGCCACCUUUUUUACCACCCCCACCACAACAGCAACCACCCCAAGAUCUUACCCUCUGUAUUCCUAUCCUUCCAUGGCAACCCCAACUCCGACUCUCUCAAAACACCGCCUUUCCCUCCAGUCUGCCAAACCAUCGUCUUCCUCCUCCUCCUUUUCCUUCCUCCUUCUCCUCCUCUUUUCCCUCCGCUCUCUUUACUCUCUCCUCCCUUUCCUCCGUUCUUCUCCUCCUUCUUUCUCACUCUUCCCUUUCUCUUUCCUCAUUUCCUUCCUCUCUUUCCUCCUUUCUCUCUCAUUUACCCUCUUCUCCAAUAAACACCCCAGAAACCAUCCAAAAUUUUCCCUUUCCUCUCUCUCCAACUCUCAGCUCAAACUUUUACUCUUAAAGUCCUUCCUUUUAUCAAUUAUCUUCCUUCUCAGGUUCCAAGCUCUUAGAUACUGUGGUACAGCUGCUAUGAUCUUAGCUGAACUAUCCGGAAACCUUGCUGGCAGGUUAUUUUCCGUAGAGAAAACCCCGAAGAAAAGGUCCUUUUUGUCGUCUCAUUUUAUUGGGUUUUGCUUUUUAUUUAUUGGUUUAAUGUUAUUAUCUUUAAGUUGGGAUAGAGUUGAUUGUUUUCCUAUAAAUAAGACUGGGUUUUCGAUUUAUGCUAGAGAAGGUUGUGUUAGAAUUUGGCCCAUGUUAUUGCCGUUUUUAUCAGGAUUUUUAGGUUGUUAUGAGAAGGUUUCCAUGAACUCGGGGAGCAUUAGGCUGCUUGGUCGAAAAAGGGUUCGGUUGAUUUCAUUGUUUUUCACUACUGUUAUGCUUUUUGUUCCUGCUGUUAUUAGUUUCCUUUUUUAUGAAAUUGAAGGAGGAGGAAAUAUUUCUAUUGAGAAUUUAGGUUGGCCUCUGGUGAAUACUGUUGUUUUUGGAGUGCUUUUGAGUGAGAAUUAUAAUGAUGACAAUGAUAAGUUAGUGAGUUCUAAAGAUUUUCAAAGGGAGUUUGUGGUUACUUUUGUUUAUACCAUUGUUUUGGAGUUGUUUUAUUUCGAUGAGUUAUCUCUCUCGGGAUUGUUGUUGUGCGGUUUAUUGUUGUACUUUGCUGUUCGAGAGCUGGAUCCUGUUUAUUCGAGUUAUACUGAAUUGGGGAUAGAAUCUUCAGAGUCAUUUAGUAUGUCGAUAAUGAAACCUAUUCGGCAUAUUUUGAGUGAGCGAAAGUCUCGGAAGAUUGCAUUGUUUCUGUUGAUUAAUACUGGAUAUAUGGUUGUGGAAUUUGUUGCUGGCUUCAUGAGUAAUAGUCUUGGAUUGAUAUCAGAUGCAUGUCACAUGUUGUUUGAUUGUGCUGCGCUGGCUAUCGGGCUUUAUGCUUCGUAUAUUUCACGGUUGCCCGCUAAUAAUCAGUUCAAUUAUGGUAGAGGCAGAUUUGAGAUUCUAUCAGGGUACGCUAAUGCAGUUUUCCUAGUUCUAGUCGGGGCAUUAAUUGUGUUGGAAUCCUUUGAGAGGAUUUUAGAUCCACAAGAAAUAUCAACUAACAGUAUUUUAACUGUCUCAAUUGGAGGGCUCAUUGUCAAUGUGGUGGGUUUGAUAUUCUUUCAUGAGGAGCAUCAUCAUGCACAUGGCGGAUCAUGUUCGCACUCACAUUCCCAUCCCCAUCCCCAUUCUCACUCUCAUGACCACCAUCAUCAGCAUUCACAUGAUCAUGAAAGUCAUGUUCAACACCAUGAGCUUAUAAAUGUUUCAGAUGGAUGCCGUGAAUUGUGCUCUGGCCGUGAACAGCAUCACAGUAACCAACAUGGCAGCAACAUUUACCAUGCUGAAGAUCACAAAAAACACACUGAGUGUCAUGGCCACCAUGACCAUGCUCACGAUCAUGCCCCCCAUGAUUGUGCCCACCAUCAUGAUCACCAUCACCACAGACACCAAAGUGAUCACAAGGAUCAUCAUCAUGAUCAAGGAGCAGGCUUGCACUCCCGUGCUCACUAUUCGGAAUCUAAAGGUCAUUUAUUAUUGGCACGUAGUAGAUCCAAACAGAAGCAACUUCCAUCUGAAGGGAAGGAACCACAGAAGCACCAUCAUCGUCACAUUGACCACAAUAUGGAAGGAAUCUUCUUGCAUGUUCUGGCCGACACCAUGGGAAGUGUUGGAGUUGUAGUAUCUACCCUCUUAAUUAAGUACAAAGGAUGGCUUGUUGCUGAUCCUGCAUGUUCAAUAUUCAUUUCAGUUUUAAUUAUAUCAUCAGUUUUCCCAUUACUCAGGAACUCUGCUGAAAUUUUGCUUCAAAGACUUCCUAGGGCACAGGAGCAGGGUUUGAAUAAGGCCAUGAGUGAUGUUAUGAAGAUGAAGGGCGUAUGUCGAGUUCAGAACUUGCAUGUAUGGAGCUUCACAAACACAGACAUUGUGGGAACAGUCCACCUCCAUAUAUCAGCUGAAACUGACAAGGCAGCUACUAAAGCAGAGGUGUCGCAGAUCUUACAUGAUGCUGGAAUCAAGGAUUUGACAUUGCAAGUGGAAUGUGCGGAACUAUAGUAACUGGUCUUAGGUUACACUACAGAGAGGUGAGACUAGCUCAUUCAUUUUUAGGACGGAAUCUUUUUAUGAUCAAAGGCAACAGAUAGCUUCAAUUGAUAUACUGUUGUUAAGGAGUGUGGCUUUCUCAAUGCUACCUUGGCGCAUGUAUAUACACAUAAGAGUUGAGUUCAACAUUGAUAUUUUUCGUCAAGCAACAGAAAAGAAACAGGUAAAUGUUUAUGUUCAUUACACAGUGUCUUACAAAACUAAAGGAUAGUAAUAAUUUUCUCAUAGGUUCAGGUGCCUAAAAUCAAAACAAGAAGAUUUAAUUGGUUAUGUAACGAAACACAGCUACAUUAUUUUCUUAUGUAACCUUUUUGCUUACAAAGGGGAAAACUUGUUUUUAUGGUUCAUUUGGAUCCAACUGUCAAAUUUAUGUUAUAAUUUUGGCUUGUUUAUUGAAAGUAUAAUUCGAUCAGAAACAAAAAGAAUGUUGAACUACAUGUUUUGGAAGCAUUUAGAUACAUCAAAAUGCUUGUUGCCGGCGUCAAUAUCCUAAAUUCUCAUUAUUGAUAAUGAGUAAUGGACAGAUUCCUGCUUUCCUGUGUUUACCAUAGCUUCAAAGUGAGGAACUAAGCCUGUUUCCAGCAAAGCCCUGUAUACCUCACCAGUGUUUUUUGAGGUUUGAUUAGGGAAGGUUAGACAGAGACCAGGUCUUUCCUAAUUGAGACGUUUUAAUCUUCUACUUGGGCUGAUUUUGGAAUGAGUCAGCUCUUCAUUUUUCAUCUUGAAAAGGCUUCUUUAACAUCAAGAGAUUGAUGGAAUAAGUACCAAAUACUUCAUAAAAUCCAUAACUGAGAAGUCAAUUUCUAG